UCCGUGCCCGGAACCCCUGCAGCCCGCCCGGCACCGGGGAGGGGGGAGCGCCCCGGCCGGCCCGGGGGAGGCUGGCUGGGGAAGAGGGACAGCCCUCCGGGCUCCGGGUUGACUCCUGGCAGCGGCUGCCGUGAAUGGUAGCUGGAUCCUACAGUUAGGAGGACUCUAAGCUGCGAAUUUUAAGCGCACUGUGUUAUCUGUGUUGUGGCCUGACUUAAGUUUAAGGAAUUGCAAUAAUGCUGCUGCAUUUCUGGGGUUUGGGAGCCUUGUUAUCUCUGAAAGGAAAUGUAACCAGCUAUGAGCCUGUGCAUUUACAUCUCCUUUGAGGAAACACGGGCAAUCAGUGAAGCAGCACAACACUGACAUGUACUGACCAACCUUUCUGGCAGCAAGAAUCAGCCUGCUAGAUGGAGCUUCCUUUCUGAAGACAUCGUAUAGGCUGCAGUGUUGAUCAGAAGGGCCUCACUGUAGGUGCUUUCCCUGCCACUGGUCAUUCUCUUGAGGCCUAAAUGCUCCAAGUAAGAUCAGCGGAAGAACGUGUUAAUUUCUCCCUGCUGGCGACAACAGUAUGCUUCCAAAGGAGAAACCUGAAUAUUCUUGGAAAAUAAGCUGUAUGGGAUGGAACAUGAGGCUACCCAGCUAGAAAAGCAGCACGUGCACAGUGUGUAUGAAAAUACAGCUGCCUACUUUAGUGAUCUGCAGACCAAAGCAUGGCCUCGUGUUCGGAACUUUCUGCUGGAACAAAAGCCUGGCAGUCUCGUUGUUGAUAUAGGUUGUGGAACUGGAAAAUAUCUCAGUGUCAACAGUCAAGUGUAUAAUCUAGGCUGCGAUUACUGUGAAGGACUGGUAGAAAUUGCAAGGAAGAAAGGUGAUGAAGUUCUGGUGUGUGACAACCUUAACCUUCCCUUUAGGGAUCAGUGCUUUAAUGCAGUCAUUUCAAUUGGAGUGAUACAUCAUUUCUCAACUAAACAAAGAAGAAUCAAAGCAAUAAAGGAAAUGGCAAGGAUACUGACACCUGGAGGCCAAAUAAUGAUUUAUGUUUGGGCCAUGGAACAAAAGAAUCGUCGCUUUGAGAAACAAGAUGUAUUUGUUCCAUGGAACAAGGCCUUGUGCUCACGCCGUUUUUCAGAAUCAAAUCAGUCUGGAGAUAAGGGUGAGUUUGUCCAUACAGGAAAAGGCCAAGUCAUACACCCUGCACAGCUUGUCAUCUCUGAGUGCAGCUACCAAAACAAUCUGCAGCCAGAAACUGAUUCAAAGCAUUCCCGCAGUAUGGACCGUUGCUUACCCAGAGCCUGCUGCAUGAAAAUUUCUGAGGAGGAAAACAGGUUUUACAGUGCUCUAGGAAGAUCUUUCCGCUCAUGGUUUUUCUCCAGAUCCCUUGAUGAAGCAGCCCUGAGAAAGCAAAGUGACAAAAUGAAGCACCUGAAACAUGAAGGCGUGUGGGCCAACAGUACCGUACCCAUUCAACAUUCACGACACUGCAGUUUGGAUUUAGGUCACCAUGGGCCUCUGUUAAAUGAACCAAGUUUAGAUGAUGAUGAUGAUGUGUUUGUGGAAAGCCUGUCUCUCAAAAAACCACAGUGGUCACCAGCCACUGAUGCACCGAAGGAUUUAAGUUUAAAUGGAGGACACCAAAGUGUAGUUCAGAGCAAGGGGGACAAAGCUUCAUUCAUAAAUGGCCCAGUGGAAGACAGGGACUGCCUCUGUGGCUGUAACAAAGAUGGUGCUGGUAAGUCUGAUACCAGCAAGUUUUUCAAAAGAACUUCAACAACUGACUCCACUGACUCAGCUUUGGAUUCAGCAGUGUCUGUUGGGGACCAAACCGAUGCCAUGUUGGAUACAAAGGCCUUCAUGCGUUAUUACCAUGUUUUUCGGGAAGGGGAGCUGUGUUCUCUGGUGGAAGAGAAUGUGCCUGAGCUUCAGAUACUUUCUUCCUGCUACGACCAUGGAAACUGGUGCAUUAUUGCAGAGAGAAGAGGAACAUAGCUAUAAAGAUAGCAAAGCAGAAUCCAGUGACUGAGGAUUUUAAGCUCUUCCUUGUGUUACUGUGAUUGUGCAGUGUGACAUGGAAUUGGAAUCUUGUAGUUGUGUGCCAUUCAUUUUUGAGUUAUUAACUCUCAACUAUUUAACUAGCUAAUGCAAGGUCUGUAUAUAGGAAUGCAAGUGGUAGAUAAUAUUUAUGUUUUGCUAAAUUUUAUGAAGUUAAAACUGUAGAGUUUUAUAUUGCUGCUAGCAAAUAAUUGUGUUAUAAAAUAUACUUUUCUAUUGAGAAACAAACCUUUUUAUAAACCAAGGAUCAGGGCAUCUUUUAUGAGAAAUAUCCUCUCAGUAGAAAGUCUAGUCUUUGUUCUUCAGAUGCCAGAAGUUUGUCACAUUGCUCCCUAUUCUUGAAGUGCUAUAAAUGAGACAUGGACACUAUGUCUAAAAUUGUACUUGGCUGUACACUGGUAGAGUGCAUGCUGUAGAACUGGGAGCAAGCAUGGUCCCAGUGCUCCUCGCUUGGGAGUAGAGUUAUUAAUGGGCAAAAAACUGUGUACCAAACAAGCUCUGCGUGUUCUGUCAUUUGAUGUUUUUAUUUGGGAGCAAAUGACAGCACAGAUUUUGGACAGUAUUUUUUAUUUUUGUUUUAAAAAUAAUUUAAUUUGUCUUGCAGGUGCAGGUGAAGUUUUAUGUGUUAGUUCUCACAAAUAUCUUAAUUUCCUUUGCUGUAGUUUUCCAUUGGUUACAUGUAUAUAAUAGUCAGAGGGAUUUGUGGGAGUGUGACUAUUAUGUAAAGUUCUAAAAUAUCAAAUCCUUGAAAUACAUAUAUCUUUUUGAUAAGCCUGGGAAGCUAAGAUUAAAUUAAUAAAAAUCCAGUGCAUAUCUGGUCAGCUGUCAUAUUUACUUUUCUUAUUCACAGACAUGAGAAUAUACAUUAAUGGUGUGUUAAAUAAUGUAGACAGGACGAGGAUAAGCCCAGUUUGCACAUAAAAUUCAAAUUCCUGUCUUGUGAAGUUUAAAUGAAUCUUUUGGGACCUAAGUGAUCACAGAUUGUUUACACAACUUGCCUAUUCCCACCAAUAGUGACUUACCAUCACUAUCCAUCUGUAGUAGGUUGUAGCAGUUAAUAGUGCUGGGGAUAAAAAGCACCUGGCUUCAGAAGAUCAGUAGUGGAACUGCCAACAGAAGCAGGGCUAGAAGAGGCUAAUUGCCUCGUUAGCACAGAGUUACUCCAUUCCUAGGCUUAAUUCACAGUCAGUGGUUGCAGUGGAGGGCACAUCUUCAGCUGGUGUGAUUUUGUGACCUUUAAUGGAGCUGCACAGAUUCCCCCCCACCCCACCCAAAAUAGAACCCCUAAACCUCUUUUGUUACAGCAGUUUUAAAGAGCUAUAUAAUUAAGAUGUCUGCCCUAUUAUUGAGCAAGUAGCUUUGAAUACAAGGCAAUAGGAGUGAAAUGCCAAGCUUUUCCAAUCUAUGCUGCCUGAGUAGGUGGAUUUGGGAUUGUUCAGUAGAAGACUUGAUGGUGAUGAGUAUUUUUUGGUGUAGCUUCCUAGCUGUUAAUUGCCACAUGGUAGGUAAUGUAUUAUAGAUAUAUUUACUAGAAUAAUGUCCUCAGUCAAGCAAUCAUUUUUGUCUUCCUCAUAGAUUGGAAUCCUUAUAUUUUAUCCAUCCUGUGUCUGUACCACUUGUACUCCCCACAGGCCUUUGAAAAAUAAAAGUGUGGCCAAAGAACCAUACAUUCUGAAAUACCAUUCCACUCUAAUCUAAACGUUACUUUCAGUACAGCCUGGGGCUAGGGCUUUCAGUUGCUGUGUAUGAGCCAUACUUCAGAAAAUGGGCAAUAUUCCCUGCCUCACUGGGUCCAGCUGCUCCUGGCUGAGGGGGCUGCACCUGCUGCAUCCUCAGGCUCCAGAUUUAGACAUUUAGGGCCAAAGUACCCAUAGUGCUGAGCCAGCAUGGAUUGUGCUGAGCUCCACACCUCAUUUGCAAUGGGGUUGUGUCAGACAGGGGAGGCCUGCCUUUUAUUUUGGGAAUUUCUGGAUGAGCUCAAAAAUUUUAGAGAAGUCAAUUGCUUCCAGAUAAAGUAUGCCAGUGGAUAUUCAGCACUCCUGGAAUUUGGGCUGUGUUUCAGAAAGAGGUAGAUUAUUAUUGUCCUGUAUCCAAUUCUGAAACUUCAUCCCUAAAUGCCAGCAUGUAGGAACUUUAUUUCACACAAUAUGAAAAUAUUUAUUAAGUAUUAUUAAUCUUAACUGACAGCUGGGUUAAGUUAUUUGGGAGAAAGAACAUCACAAUUUUGUUAUAUGAACUUCUACAGUCUGACUGUGGCGUGUUCAGUGUCCCUUUUCUUUAGAAUAUAGACUUAAUAUCCUUGCAAGAGGCUGAAUCUGUGUCAGGCUCCAGUUAAAACUUCUUGCUCUAUGUGUUUGAAUUACAGUUGUCCCCUCAAAGCUGCUGAAAUACUUUGAACCACUUUUGUGUUUGUAGACUUUCCAUGCUUUAUUUGGUUUGAGGUUUUUGCCUGGGGAUAUUUUUCACAAAUACUUAAAUCUGUAUUGAAUUUUCUCAUGUUUUGAGUUGAUGCUGAGUUUGUAUUGGAUUCUUAUAAAUUCUUGGGAGAAGGAGAGGGAAGGUCUGCUAAGCAGCUUUUUGGGUUUUUUGUUACCCAAAUAUUCAGUUGUCCUCUGAGGAUGUAACAUCACCAUGUAACAUAAUUUUUAUGGAAUGGGGUCAGUCAGCUGAGAUUAUGACUGUGAAGUCUGUACAGCAAACCUUUAUUCUUGAGGGCAGUCUCCCAUCUAUUAACGGUAGCUGCCUGGAUCUGUAACAGCUUUAUCAUCUCAUAAACCAGAUUACCUCACUCAGAGCAUGGUGAAGGUCUCUCUUGAGAGGUUUCUCUUUUGAGGAGGCCCACCUUAAGCAAAAGGUAAUUUCCAGCAGAAUCAAUGUGAUCCCAGACUUUAACAGCUUACAAAGUUAAUGAGCUCAGAGAAGUGGAUGUACCAUUAAAAAGUAUAGUAAAUGAAUGAAUAAGUAAAUAAAACCCAGCUGGCCUUGAAUACUUAAGCUUUUGGCAAUGUCAAGACUGGAAGAUCUGACUAUUUUAAUGUAAAAGGCAAAUGUGUUUUUACAUUUCUUCUCUGAUGAUUGGGCAAUAAUCUCCUCUCAGUUCUGCUGAUAAAGAACUUGCUUUUGGCUGUAGUGGGCUCAGAUUGCUCCUAAGGUGCUUAGGUAGCACUAGGUGGUACGUGGAGAAGUUGAGAUGACUUGAGAAAGAUGCCCUGGUUUCUUACAAAAUUAAUUCAGGUGAAACUUCCUGUGUAUCAGUUUCUGCCCAUUGCCUCUUGUCCUAUUGGCACCACAACUGCAAUAAAAAAUACAUUGAACAGACUUAUUUUUGCAGGACUAAUACAGUUGUAAUUGUUGA